AUGCUAGAUUUCCCCGCUGGAAUCAAGAAUGAAGCAAAGUGCAAUGUUACCCAUGGUACGAUGGGCCAUUUGGACCCCAAACAGCCACCAGUGAAGAGAAAACCGUUUGCUGCGAUUUUGAGCCACGGCUUCGUCCAAAAGGCAGAGCUUAUACUCCCGGAAGAGCUAUAUGAGAUUAUCAAGAACAACAUCUCUUCCGAGUUCGUGAAGCCUGUGUACAGUCGUGUCAUCCUGCCACUGAAGGCUCUUGUUGAGGGCGAAUUUUUCAACGAGCACAUCAAGAAAGGCAAUAUUUUGAUGCUCUCCGAGGGACGAGCUGGCGUGGACAAUGUGUACUCAUUGAAAGAAGGCAUCUUGACUUUACAUCUGGAUAAAGAGAGCUAUGAACGAGCAGGCUUGGUCGGGAAACCGGAAGGUGUCAAAGGAAAGCGAGGAACCAAGCCCCGAUGGGUCGUCGAGAUCAACCUCCGCCUUCCAUCGAUGCUUCAUGGCAAAAAGGGGUUUGAUAGAAUUCUCUACGCAUUCAAGAAUAUCCUCACCACACCCGUCACAUGGCUUUUUCAUGAUCUUCGUGCAACUGUCGCCCCGGAUCCUCUCGAUGCUCACUUCCCUACGUGGAGGACUGUCUCCCCCGGGGCUUCCCAGUCCAUCAAAGUCAAGAUGCCUUCGGUCAAGCCCCCAACAGUGGUAGACCCGUCGUACGGUGCAGAUUUCGAAGAUUAUGCGGUUGAUAUUCACGAAUGGCUUUCUCUGGUUCUCCUCGAGAGUCCAAGGAUAAACUCCGACGACAAAAUCGAUUCUUUUCUAACUCGUUAUGUGCCACCAGGAGACUCGUUCAAGGAUACCAAGCUCGUCAAAGUCACAUGGCAGGGCUUUAUGUCUCCGUCAUGGGCCCAUAAGAUAUUUGUCCAGAUGUUGCUCGCUGUCCCUAAAGAUGAAUGGUUUGCAUAUUGUGUUGUUGGGUUUGGUGACGGCCCCUUGGGAGAAGGUAAGGUCUGUACAAUACUGAAGCUUCCAGACGCACCAAACGAGUUCGUCUCAUGGGAGAUCUCAUAG